GGUUGCAGCUUUGGAGCUCCUGCGGCGAAUGGAUGAGAUGCUGCUGCAGCCAGAUGCCAUCAGUCUAAAUGCAGCCAUCAGUAGCUGCUCCCAGGGCCAGCGGUGGGCUGCGGCUGUCCAUUUGCUCUCUGAGAUGCCAAAGAAGAAGGUUUCACCCGAUGUUGUAAGUUACAAUGCCACCAUGAACGCGGCCAAAGAAGCCAACCUGUGGCCUUUGUCUCUGCAACUUCUGGACGAGGUUCACGUGCUCAGAAUCCAGCCCAACUUGAUCUCCUUCAACACUGUUUUGGCUGCAUGUGUUCGACCAGGUCGCUGGAGCUCGGCCAGCCGAAUCCUUCAGUCGAUGAAGGAUUGCAGCUUUGGUCCCGACAGGCGCAGCUGGACCUCUUUGGUUGCUGCUUUCGCAAGAGGGAGCAAGUGGAUGGAAGCGUACAACACGAUGCAGGAACUUCGUCAGAUGCGCUUGGAAGCAGACCUGGUGGCAUUUGGCGCCAGUGCCAGUGCCUGCCAACGUGGCCAUCAAUGGAUCCUGGCACUGGAGCUAUUCUCUGAAGUGAAAAGCGCGAACCUGAAGCCAGAUGAACCGUUUUGUGCUUCAGUGGUGACCGCCUGCGCCAUGGGACUCCAGUGGGAGGUUGCCAUGAGCUUGCUGCAGAGUAUGCCUAGGAGGCAGCUCAAUGCGACCUCCACCAGCAGUGCACCGGUGUUGACGGCCUUGCUGGAGACCAAGCAGUGGGAGAGGGCUUUGCAACUCUUCUUGGACAUGCCCCGUCCAGUCGCAGAUGCUCAGAUCUACAGCCAAAUGAUCAUGGUGUGCGAACAGUACAAGCUCCGCCACUUGCACCGGCAACUUCUAGAGUCCGCGGUCAAUGAUUUGGCGGGCUCUACGCCUGGCUAUACGAGUCUGGUUGCCGCCCUGGCCUUGCUCAACGGCACCCAGCCAUUGCCGCGGCUUUCCCCGACAGCGACAGCCAAGCUGUCGGCCGCAGGGCCGUGGAGAGCCUAUGCCAAGGAGAUCCGACUGAUGGAGCAUGUCUUGGAAACUGCCACAGAAGGAGACCCUGAAUCAGUGUGCAACGCGAUUGAAACGUUUGGUCUCAAGAUCGCAGGCUCCAAAGGUUGGCUGAAGGUGGCUGCAGGCGACAAAGCCAAGGUCUUAGUCACUGCAGCUCGCUCCGCUAGCAACUUGUUGCUGGAAAUUGGCACGUAUUGCGGGCAAUCCGCCAUUCGCUUGGCCGCUACAAGACGAGCGAAAGUUGUGACUCUGGAACUCGAUCCGAUUCACGCCAUCAUCGCACGAACCCUGGUGGCAUUUGCUGGACUGUCAGCAUAUAUUGAAGUUUGGACCGGACACAGCCGCGAUUUGUUUCCAAUUCUGGCGGACAGAUUUGAGCGUCACGCCUUUGAUUUCGUGUUUAUGGACCAGCGGGGCUCACGCUAUGAGGAAGAUCUGGCAACUUUGGAGCGUUUGGAACUUUUGAACGCCGAGGCAGUCAUCGUGGCUGACAAUGUUCUAAAGCCUGGUGCUCCCCGCUUUCUGUGGCGGCUUUGCAAGUCAUCCGACUUUGAGACAGAGGUGGUGAGAGUCAACGAGUUCGCAAUGCCAGUGGAGGACUGGAUGUCGGUCAGCUUUCGACGUGGCAAAUUGGGCAAGUCACCUAACACCCCCACCUUGCCCAAUGAGUUGGGAGAGCUGAGUCAGGCAGCAGACGAGAUGAGAAACAGAGCACAGACUGCUGGAGGCGUGAGCUUCAGAGAGUGGUCCACCUUUGCCGAGAUGAUGCGAGAGCGGCUGCAUCAUCAUGGCAUUGCCGCCACAUCAGAUGUUCAAAGUCUGCCGCGGCUGGAGAGAAAAACGUGCUGCAUGGGCAGUUAGUUUUGUUUUGGAUUGUUGCGUUG